AUUAUUUGACUAAACCAAACCCACAGUAAGACUGUUGUAACAGAGAGAGAGAGAGAGACCAAACUUUUUCCCCCGAGCAACAAAACACUCUUCACUUGAUCGCUUCAGGCGGUGGCGACGACGGCAACGUGACGGAGACGUUGUCAGAAAUUUUAGUUUUUUUUAUACUGACUUAAUUGUUUCUUGCUAUUGGAGAAGAAGAAGGUAUGGUGAGGAAACACGGUUGGCAACUUCCUGCUCACACACUUCAGGUGAUUGCGAUUACUGUGUUUUGCUUGUUGGUGGUUGCUUACUAUGCUUUCUUCGCUCCUUUCGUUGGAGGUCGUAUUUGGGAAUACGUUUUGAUUGGUGUUUACUCUCCUGUGGCUCUUCUUGUUUUCGUUUUGUAUGUUCGUUGUACUGCAAUCAAUCCUGCGGAUCCAAGAAUCAUGUCUAUAUUUGAUAAAGGCGUGAUUGGAGAUGACAUGGGUCGUGCCUUGUCCAGGGAUUUUGAUGAUACUGGGAGUCAGUUGCAGGCUUCUCCUUCUGUUGUCAGCAGGAGUUCUAACUUUGCAGCAAACUCUAGUGUCAAAGGUUCUGUUGGAGAAGGAGAUGCUCAAAGAGUGGAAUCUGUUCCUAGGAAAUCUUGCUAUAAUCCUCUGGCUAUCUUCUGCUUAGUCUUUGUUCUUGAAGACUGUCGUAGGAAGGAAGAGACGGCUGAACAACAAGGAAAUAGUGAAGAGGCUUUGUUUUGUACAUUGUGCAAUUCUGAGGUACGCAAGUUCAGCAAGCAUUGUCGGAGUUGUGAUAAGUGUGUUGAUGGUUUCGACCAUCAUUGCAAGUGGCUUAACAAUUGCGUCGGCCGUAAAAACUACAUGACUUUUGUCUCUCUGAUGAGUGCCGGUCUUCUCUGGCUCAUUAUUGAAGCAGCAAUUGGAAUUGCAGUUAUAGUGCGUGUAUUUGUUAAUAAGAAGAGCAUGGAAACUGAAAUUGUCGAUAGACUUGGAAAUAGUUUCUCUCGUGCACCUUUUGCAGCAGUUGUUGGUCUUUGCACUGUUGUUUCCAUUCUGGCAUGUUUUCCGCUGGGUGAACUUCUUUUUUUCCACAUGCUCCUCAUCAAAAAGGUCAGUGGGAGAGAAGCUACUUCUGAUAUUAUUGUUUGGGAUCCAGAAGCUGGGAGAUAUGUAUCAGCUCCUGUAACUACAACAUCUGAGGUUCGCAACAGGUUGCUAAAUCCUAGCUCACAAACAGCCAACGUUCAGAAUCAGAGACCCAUUCUUCCAUCACAAGAGUCUUCAUCUGGAUCAACAGCACUAAGGGAUCCUCUUCCGNGUUCUCUUGGUCUACCAUACAAGGGGGUCUGGUGCACUCCACCUAGAGUAUUUGAUAAUCAGGAUGAAGUCAUUCCACACUUAGACCCUCGCAUGGUACCAUCGACCGUAGACCCAGAUGCACCUGGAUCAGAGAAAGGCGCCAAGGCUCUGAAAAGACCCGUCAAACGUAAUGCAUGGAAGCUUGCAAAGUUGGAUCCAAAUGAAGCUGCAAAGGCAGCUGCCAGAGCCAGAGCAUCGUCAUCUGUCUUAAGACCGAUAGAUAAUCGCCAUUUACCUGAUAAUGAACUUAGUUCCAUUGGCACGGUUAGUAUCAUCAGUAGUGUCAGCACAGAUGCACAUAUGUCUACGAGUAAAGAGAUACGGAACAAUGAUCUAAGGUCAUCUCUUUCUAGAAACUCGUUUGCUCCAAGCCAAGGUAGCCGGGAUGAGUAUGACACAGGCAGCCAUGGUAUGAGCAAUCUUAGCAGCCCAAGCCAUGUUCACGAGUCUGUCACACUUGCUCCACUCCCUCAGAAUCCUACAGUAGUUGGCCAUCGCUUCACUGCAACAACCCAUCACAUGCACUCAACUUUUGAUGAUAAGGUGUUGCACAGAGGAAACGACGCUAAUCCACUAUUUCUCUCUGCUCCUGCAACUUCUAAUCUGAGGGAUGUGAGAAAGACAUCAGUUGUUUGGGAUCCAGAAGCUGGGAGAUAUGUAUCAGCUCCUGUAACUACAACAUCUGAGGUUCGCAACAGGUUGCUAAAUCCUAGCUCACAAACAGCCAACGUUCAGAAUCAGAGACCCAUUCUUCCAUCACAAGAGUCUUCAUCUGGAUCAACAGCACUAAGGGAUCCUCUUCCGCUGCUCCAAUCCGAGAGAAGACUGACAUAUACAGGUGAUUCUAUCUUCUAUGGAGGCCCACUGAUUAAUAUUCCGACUAGAGAUACCCCAAGAACCGGAAGGGGGUCAGUAAGAGAGGUACAAGACAGAUUGGCAUCAACAGUUCAUCGUGAUGCAAGAUUCAGAAGGAGUUCAACCUCAAACCAGCUUCCGGUGUUUACCCCUGGAGUUCUUGGUACAAACUCCCAACCCGGUUCUAACAUCAAGUAGAUACACCGGUUGUAUUUCUUUAAAGGCUCUGGAUCUUCUACAAAACGCCUUCCCCAUUCCUGAAGAGGCUCAAAAUCAAUGGGUUCUGUGCUGUGUUGCUGGAACUCUGAGGAUUGAAUUUUGAGUCUUCGAGUCACUGGAAUCUGUGCGAAGUUAGCGGUCAUUCUCACUGUUAGAGUAGAACUAGUUUUCUUCCAUGGAUGUGAGCUUCUUACAAUUGGUGCUUCUUGUAAACUCAGAAAUCCGAAAUGUCCACACUUUUGAUUCUUCCAGAGAAACUCUCAUGUAUAUGUUGACAUUUUGUGCGCUGCACUUUCAUGUCUAGAAAUUGUUCACUUAAAAAAACCAUUCUUAUGAAAAAAUUUCAUCACUCUUUCAUAAUUUAUAACGUAUACAAGACAACGUACUAUAUAAUCACAUUGAGAGGGAAUCCCCACUCCCAGCAUAAAACCGCAAAGGUUUGACGAAUGUACACCUUGAGAAAGCUCAUAUAACUUAAGUAAUAACACUACUUACCGAUCCAUAUAAGAAAUCCAAAAUCACUCCAGAGAACCAUGGACAAAAAGAAAA